CUUCUUUUCAGACCCAGACUUAGAUGAUCAACACGUGAAAUGCAGAGGAUGCAAGCCGCCUCGAGGCAUGUGUGUACUCGCGCUACUAUUUAAAAACAGAACGAGAACAUUGACCUCCAGGAAAUAGUUUCAAUCAGUAUACGACAGUGUACGUAACAUCAGCCCUGAACGCCAUGCCCUAAACAGCACCGGCUGUGUCUUUUAAAAAAAUAAAAAUUUCGAGGAUUUAUUGCAGAGGACACUAGAUCUACUUCAAACUUUCAAAAAAAAGGGUUGUUUGUAACACACUCUUUUCUGUCGCCGGAGACACAAGUGUAAUAGAUCUACAGCACAAUGGAACACAGUGUCUUCAUUGUGUUUGUCUUCUACCUGGGCGUUGUGGAAUCCUUCUUUCAAGACGGAAUAGUGCACCCUCUCGACCCAUUUCAUUUUGAGAACGAAAGUAUGACCCUGAGCUGCACUGUAAAGUCUGGAGUUUCAUCCGACCUAUUCUUUGAGAUCAAGACUCAGGAAGACGAACCCAGGCCAGUGCAGAACAUCUCAUGUCGAGUUUACAACUGGGAGAGGAUGUCGUGCACUUGGGAUCUUGGGAUAUCAUAUAAACACCCAGAAUUUGUGAACGUCACGCUUAUCUGGCAGAUAGAUGCCAACAUUUUUUCAAGGCGACUGGGAUCUCGUGCCCGAUCCAGUGAUAGACUUGCAGGCAUCGACGGUCAACAGCACAUGCAUUAACAUAAGCUGGGACCACAGCAAGUUUAAGGAGAGGGAGAUGGAGCUGAUGUUCCAAGUGGAGUAUAUGUCUCAGUGGGAGACCGGCUGGUCACAGGUGGCACCAGAAUUGAUGUUACACAAGCUGCUUUGUGGGUUAACCCCGCACGCUAAGUAUAAUUUCAGUGUCUAUGCUUUGUCGAGGCCGUAUGGAUCGUUAUCUGCGGAAGAAUUUGGAUUGAAGAGUGGAGCCAACUACGUCGUAGGACAGGCUGCAGAGGGCGUGCCUACAGCCGUUCCCCAGUUAUGCUCAAGUUGUUUCCAUAUUGAUGACUGUAAAGAUAAGGAACUGUGCAACGUGACAAUUUACUGGAAGGACUUGCCGGCGCAACAGAAGCUAGGACAAAUCAUCUUCUACAAUUUGACUGCCACAACAACAACGGGAUGGUUUCUGUCUGUACCAAGACGAGAGGCUCCUCACUCCAUUUUGACAUCAGCGAGCCUGCGGAUAGGCCCUGGGAACAGUGAGGAAAAUCUAACGAUUACCUUGACCCUGGGCACCAAACAGGGAUUUUCCUCCGACUCUGCCUCAGUACUCAUACCGGCUGCUCGUACAAGACCACGACAACCAGCCAAUUUUCAAGUGGAAACCGACCAAAGCGAGACCAAGAUCUUUCAUCUCAGCUGGGGAGCUGCUGUUGACGAGGAUAUUACUGUUGUGUUGUUAUGGUGUGUCGGGACCAAGUUCAACGUGGGAUGUCUGACAGCCUAAGAGUAAUCGACAGAGAGUUCAUACCGACUGAAUGGAUCGCUGUCGGUAUUGUUGCGUUAGGUGUGGUACUCUUAAUCUGUGGAGUGAGACUGUAUAGGUGUAUUCAAAUACGCAGAGAGAAAUUCGGAAACGUGGACGAUAUAUUCGGCCCCCUUAUGUCUGCUGGUCAUCCUAAUGAAGAGGACCCUGCGUGUGAGCCAUCUGACCAGAGUGCUUCGUCCGUUAAACCCCGUCUUUGCCCCCUCAACAAACUCCCACGCGCUUCGAACGAAAUUGCUCUCUUAAAACCGGUGGAAGUGGUUAACGGAAAUUCCCAGGACUUUCCAAUUCAUGAGGAGCUUUCAACAAUGAUACAAGGCAAAUUCAAGCUGACUCCGGAGUCCGCCAUAUUUGAAAAUACCUCACUAGAAAGUGUCCAGCAGAAUGAAAGUAAAACUGAAAAAAACUUUCCUCCAGUGCUGAAUUCGCAUGAUACAGACUUAAAGUCGGCUAAUUAUUCUUCAAGAUCGAAAGGAAAUUUGUCCAUACACAAAAAUCCUGAUCAGAAAAAUGUUCAUUCGCAUGGUUCAAGCUCAUCAUCUAACUUAAAACGUUCUGCUUCAGAUGUGGAUGGCUCUGGGUGGAACGUGGGAAGCCUUGCUUCUUACGUCGCAUGCGCUGGUUUGAACACAGAUACGAGUGCAGCGACGGAGAAUGAAUAUGUUUGCUAUUCGUACAUGCCACAAAAUGGACAGAGUAGUCACUCUAAACAUUCAUCGUUAACGAACAUCCACAAUGAGACAACCCAAGAAACAGUCGCACAACCUGUAGAGCAGUGUCCAACAGACACUAGGAGAUCAGGAAAGACAGAAAUGUCCCCCGAGCAGCCUGUGCCUUAUGAAGGAUAUGUUGAUUCAUUCUUCGAACCACGAGACGAAAGUGCUAUCGCGGGAUCUGCACUUGACGGCGCGGCACUCGACGAAUCGCCGGAGGAGACGCCACAGCUCCACUCGGAAGACCGCGAGGAUACCGUCUCAACCCAGAACCAAGCGUUGUCACACACGCCACCAUCUCAUGAUGAUUAUGUUACUUGUUAAUGAAAAAUCAAAUGAAGGAAAACUCGGGACUCUCUAAUGCCUCCUGUUCCAAAUGCAGGGCAAUAUAAGAGAUAUUUUGUGUGGUAGAGUCACUCAAAGUCCAUGAAAGUCCAAGCUCAAAUCAAGCAGAUAGCACCUUAAAAUUACUUUUGACAUUCCAGGAAUGAUGCGCAUCAAAUGAACAAGCGAUAACAUAAACACUUUUAUGUUUCUAUUUGGGACAUUUAACGCUGAAAAAUACCCCCCCCCCCUUCCACACGCGCGAGCGCAAGUCUUAGAAAAAAUUGAACAGUGUUUCUGGAAUGAUGUUAUGGUGAUGCACAAAUGGCCAAAACGGGUAGUUGAGACCCUGGAUGUGUGUAGUAGGUCAAGUAAGUGCAAAAAAUGGAGGACCAUAUUACUUUUAAAAAUUUACUUUUACUUAUUUUACCAGUAGAAAUAUGUGACAAGAGGAUAGUCGACAGUACAGAUUCAUAGUUUUAGAAUAGUUCAACUCUGUAGGCGGUUGUAAUGAGUACAUUCGAGCAAGAAUUGAGUCCUCUAUGAACGACGCUGCUUGCGAAAGUCCACAACGUAUAAGUGUCCAGCAAUCGCUUCAUAUCCAUUUUCUUGCCUAAGUUGCCACUAGUAAGAAAAGGGUGCCGUGGAAUCUACAAAGGAAUAUUCUGUAUCGUUAACCUGGACAGGCCAAAAUGAGCUGAAGCUCACAAGCUUACGUUUGUGGGGAAAUGCUGGCUUACCCCUAUUUUGAACUGUAGUUUGAUUUUUCUUUGAGGUGAGUUUUUUAAUGCUUUUUCAGUUUUAUACUUUAUUUAUUUCUGAUUUUAACAGAUAGCAAAUCUGUUUUGAAAUUUCUUGCUGUUUGACUGCUUGUUUAUAUCACUGAUUGGUUUUUGUUCAGUUAAUCUAUGCACUCUGUGUGCCGUGAGUGUGAGGAAGGACGAAUAAGGAAGGAAGUAAAAAAUGAAAAGAGGGGAAAGGUUCAUGUAAAAAGAGAAGAAAAGAUAUAAACAAUCGAUCGAAGAAUGGUGUAAUAUAGUGUAAAUAAUAAAGAAUAUCAGGAGAGGAGUAAAUAUGAUGAGGGAAGGUGUAAAUAAGGAGGAAAUGUGUGAAUAACAGGAAAAUGUGUAAAUAAAGAUAUUGAGAACGAAGAGCAGCGGUGGUCAUAGUGCGCGGUAUAGGGAUAUACGUCUGUAAAACGCCCUCAGUAUGGUUGCAUUAGUCUGUCCUCUUUACAAUUGGAGAUCUGAGACGUUACAGCACCGUGCUUAAAACACUUUGCUAUCACAAGCAUAUUUUUGGGAGAAACCCGAAGAAACUGGGUGGCAAACAUCGCCGAUCGGCGUUUUGUGACGGGAGCGGAAGUUCGACGUUUUUGCCGAUCGACAAGAUGUGACGGCCUUUGCUGAACGGAGAACAACGACAGUGCUUUGUGAUACGCUGCCGUUUUUCACUCUUUCACUCCCCACCUUCCGUAGUUGAGUGUCAGUUACAUUAUCAAUAGAUGAAAGAAAUCUUCUCUAUUUAUAGAUACCAAGAACUCAAUGUUUGCCAUUUUGGACUUACUUAGGCACAGUCUUGUUCUCAGGUCUUCAAUUAUUGAGAUAUUUGGAUUAUAAUACCCUAGACCGUGCACUGGCUGCGCGCUUCAUCGGAAUGAUAAUAAUGAAUAUUAUGAUACGUCCAGCUAAGUUUUUUUCCCAGCAUCGAGACAGCGUGUCUAUUAAGGGAAAUCACACACUUGAAAGAUCUCCAGCCACUUUUCUGUAGUAGAGUUAUGGUCCUUUGUCAAUGAUCUCGACGAAAAAAAAAAAAUUGUUACCUAUAUUUUCCCUGGGGCUCGCGCCUAAGAAAUGCUCGCCAUCAUCCCCAACCCUCUCAAAGAAGCUUACUCUGAUUGUAUGGAUCAUUUUAAUUAAAAAAAGCUCACUUACGAACGUAAUUUAGGUAGAUCGCUUCUCGUCCUUAAAUUAUUGCUUCAUUAGAAAAGGUGUAUGUUGAGGAUAAUUAGCUCAGCUUUUUGCACAUUUAAAUGUCACUGAACAUUAUUUCACAUCAAUCACUCCGUUUUUCAGGAAGUCCCGAACUUCACAAAACCCACGUUUACGCUGCCAUUACCCAAAGGCACGCUUGGAAAGCUGGUGAUUUUAGAAAGAUGAAUUGUUCCCCUUUCUACUGAUGUCAUUUCUAUUAUUGUACGACCUUUAUUUGCGAAGUAAUCAAACCAAAUGCAGCCCGAGAACAGCGAUCGCGCCCAAGGCGAAGCCUAAGAAUGGAAUAGUUGCCUUUUGUCUUUGAUACAAAUGAUCCAAUCAACAAAAGACGAAAUGUUUACAUU